AUGAAGAUCGACUUGUCGAAGGCAUUCCAUGCCAUCCCCAUCGCGGAAGACCAGAUGAACUACUACUCGUUUCUCGGAACGGACGGCACGGCGUACAGGUAUGUGCGCAUGCCGAUGGGUGCAAUGUGUGCCCCAAAACACUUCGCAGUCGUAAUGAUGAAAGUGUUGGGACAGCUACAUGAUAUUGAUAAGACGCACGUAAGAUCUUAUCAAGAUGACAUAAUAGUAGCCGGUGAAGAUAGAAAAGAAUGCUCCGACCGGUAUAGUAGAGUGAUACGUCACCUACGAGACUUUGGCUUUAAGAUUAAUAAAGAAAAGUCAUCUACGAAUACUACAUUAGUGAUACUUGGAUACGAGUUCACUAAAACGUCUAUUGGAAUUCCCAAAGACAAAGCUGAACAGAUCAGAAAGCUACUACACUCAGAAUGUGUGGAUAGCGUAACGCGAGCGACGCACCAAUUGUCAUAUUAUAAAAUGAUCCACAGGGCGGGCGUUCGAAACUCGUUGACGAAGAUUCGUCAAAUAUUACUUAAGACGAAACACGUGACGAACGUGGUCAGAGAUCUAAUUGAUGCAGUCGACUCCCCAUGGGAAAUCGAACGUAUAAGACCCUCGAAGGGCAACACGAUUACGAUUUAUGUCGACGCAUCGGAUACGCAAGCUGGGAUGGUGGUCACGUAUAAUGACCAACGAGUCAUGGCAGAGUCGAUACCUUUAACAAAGACUUCGACAAACUUAGCCUCGUACAAAGAAAUACAGGGAGCCUAUAAGCUCCUGGCUAAGUACAAGUCUGCGAUUGACUUUAUUGACAAGAUGGCGAGAAAAGUGAUCGUCACGGAUAACAUGAGGCUGUGGCAAGCUCUCGAAAGACGAGAGGAUCCAAGAAACGACUUGGAGGUCUACGCAGCCCGUAUCCGGGCCUUGUAUAAGGCAAGUUAUCAGCACAUCCCAGGAGGCCAGAAUCCGGCCGAUUUUUAUUCUAGGAGACACCGUCUCCCCUCUUAA